AUGCCCUCCCGCCUCCCCAUCUUCCCUCCCUUUCUUCGUUCCCUCCCUUCCCCCCCUUCUCUCCAUUUCCCCCUUCUCUCCCUUCCCGCCCUUCUCUCCCUUCCCUACCUUCUCUCCCUUCCCUCCCUUCCCUCUCUUCCCUCCCUUCCCUCGUUUCCCUUGUCUCCCUGCCCUGCCUUCUCUUCCUUCCCUCCCUUCCCCCCUUCCCUUCGUUCCCUCCUUUCUCUCCCUUCACUCCCUUCCCUCCCUUCUCUCCCUUCUCUCCCUUCUCUCCCUUCUCUCCCUUCUCUCCCUUCCCUCUCUUCUCUCCCUUCUCUCCCCUCCCUCCCUUCCCUCCCUUCUCCCCCUUCCUUCCCUUCCCUCCCUUCUCUCCCUUCCCUCCCUUCCCUCCCGCCUCCCCAUCUUCUCAACCCCUCUUCCCUUCCCCUCCCUGCAUCCCCAUCUUCCCGCCCUGCAUACCUCUCUCCCCUUCCUGCUUCCCCAUAUCCACUGCAUAUUUCCCCAUCUCCCCUCCCUGCAUCCCCAUCUCCCCGCCCUGCAUCCCCAUCUCCCCUCCCUGCAUCCCCAUCUCCCCUCCUUGCAUCCCCAUCUCCCCUCCGUGCAUCCCCAUCUCCCCUCCCUGCAUCCCCAUCUCCCCUCCUUGCAUCCCCAUCUCCCCUCCCUGCAUCCCAUCUCCCCUCCCUACAUCCCCAUCUCCCCUCCCUGCAUCCCCAUCUCCCCUCCCUGCAUCCCCAUCUCCCCUCCCUGCAUCCCCAUAUCCCCUCCCUGCAUCCCCAUCUCCCCUCCCUGCAUCCCCAUCUCCCCUCCCUGCAUCCUCAUCUCCCCUCCCUGCAUCCUCAUCUCCCCUCCCUGCAUCCCCAUAUCCCCUCCCUGCAUCGUUCCUAA